AUGGCCGGGGACCCCCCCCGCACCUCGGGGCCGCUCAGGCCGGGCCCGGGGCCGCCGCCGAGCCCGCGCCGCCCGUCGCCAUGGCAACGCCGCCGGAAAUCCCGGCCCUGCGUGCCGCGGAGCGUGCUGGGAAUCUCACGGCUCUGUCGCCGCUAUCGCUGCCGCCCGGCGCGCGGUGCACGCCGGGAGUUGCAGUCCGUAACUCCGCCCCCUGGGCCGCGCCAAGGCUGCCGGGAAGCGGCGCCAUCAUGGCGGAUCCGCCGGAGGAGCCGGGGGGCGGCCCGGCCGCCGGGCCGGGGGUCGCGGGGCCCCCCCCGGGGGCGGCAGCGGCUGGAGGCGCUGCUGAACCGCAGCCUCCGCAUCCGCAUGUCGGACGGGAGGACCCUGGUGGGAGCGUUCCUGUGCACGGACCGCCAGAGCAACGUGAUCCUGGGGUCCGCCCAGGAGUUCCUCAAGGCCGCAGACGCGUUCCCAGGCAGUGAACCCCGAGUUCUGGGGCUGGCCAUGGUCCCCGGCCACCACAUCGUGUCCAUCGAGGUGGAGCCCCCCUACCCCUGAGGGACCCCCGGAUGGACCCCAAAACCUCCUGAGAGACCCCAAAACCCCCGGAUGGACCCCAAAACCACCUGAGAGACCCCCCAGUGCCUCAUGGACCCCCUGGAUGGACCCCAAAACCCUGAUGGGCUCCAAGAUGGGACCCCCCCCCCCCCACACCUGAUGGACCCCCAAAUUCUGGGACAGACCCCCCCCACCCCAAAAAGUCCCUGGGGGUUUGGGGGUCCCCAUUAAAGCCCCCCCUUGGUGACGCUG